GUACUAUCUACUACAAAGAAAAGUCUACUACUCCCAUUAAUUACUUAACACAUCAUAGCUUAUUCUAAAGUAUGUGCUAUAAAAAUACUAGAAAUUUUCUUGAUCCAAACACAAAAUUUUUUCUUUUUCAAUAAGAGAUUGGUCUGAAACUUCCAUAUUAAUUCUAAGCCAAAGAUGGUGAUUCCUUCAUUUACCUUUCUUCUUCCUUCUCUUGUUCUUCUUCUACCUCCAAUUUUCAUUUUUCUUAAACACGUCAAAUCUCGAUCUCCAAAACAACUCCCACUUCCUCCAGGUCCAAAGCCAUGGCCAAUCUUAGGAAACCUCCUACAAAUUGGCCAAAAUGCUCACAUUUCCAUGACUCAAUUUGCCAAUAUCUAUGGUCCUCUAAUCUCCCUCAAGCUUGGAGCUCAGCACCUUGUUGUUGCUUCUUCUCCGGCCGCUGCCACUGCAAUUCUCAAGACGCAAGACAGCCUUCUCUCCGCUCGAUACAUCCUUCAAAUGACCCCUGAUAGAGCUCUCAACGAUCACUGCUCUCUUGUUUUCUCCCCUGAAUGUGGCCAUCGUUGGAAGAAUUUGAGGUCCAUUUGCAAAGCCAAUAUGUUUACAGCCAAAGCAAUCGAAUCACAAGCUUGUUUGAGAGAGCAGAAAAUGAAGGACUUGGUGGAAUUUCUGGACUCAAAACAGGGAUCUGUUGUGGAGAUUAAAGAUUUGGUCUUUACCUCUGUUUUUAAUACACUUUCUAACUUGAUUUUCUCAAGGGAUUUGCUUGGUUUUGUUGGUGAUGGAUUUAAUGGGAUUAAAGGGCCUUUCAAGAAUCUGAUGGAUUUGGGCUUGACCCCAAAUUUAGCUGAUUUCUACCCUUUGUUGAGAAGCUUUGAUCUUCAAGGUCUUAGAAAGAAAGCUGCCAUUUAUAAGAAUCAAGUUGAUUCUUUGUGGGGAAUUCUUAUUAAAGAAAGAAGAGAAAUCCAUGGUCAACAGGGUUCAUCUUCAAGUGACUUCUUGGACGUCUUGAUUCAAAGUGGAUUCACUGAUCAAGAAAUUAACACCUUGAUUGUUGAAUUAUUAUCUGCAGGCACAGAUACAACUACGACAACAGUAGAAUGGGCAAUGACAGAGUUAUUGAAGAACCAAGACAUACUAAACAAAGUACAAGAAGAAAUAAAGAAGGUAACAAAGGAAAGCCCUAUUUUUAAGCUUCCUUAUCUAUGGAAAUGUGUGAAAGAAACUCUCAGACUUCACCCACCUGCCCCAUUUCUUCUUCCACGUUUAGCUACAAAGGAUUGUGAAGUUAUGGGAUACUCAAUCCCAAAAGACACUAUGAUUUUUGUCAAUGUUUGGGGAAUUGGGAGAGACCCUUCAAUUUGGGAAGAUUCUCAAUCAUUCAAUCCAGAAAGAUUUGGUGUUGGUUCUGAUAAUGUAGAUUUUAAAGGUUAUGAUCAUAGGUAUUUGCCAUUUGGAGGAGGAAGAAGAAUUUGCCCUGGUCUUCCAAUGGCAAUUGUGCAAGUGCCUUUAAUAUUAGCCACUUUAAUUUACAACUUUGAAUGGUCACUUCCUAAUGAUGAGGAUUUAUCAAAGAUUGAUUUUAAUGGAAGGCUUGGUGUAACAUUGAAAAAGGAAAAGCCUCUUAAACUUGUUCCUAAAAGGAGGAUUUGAAAUGAUUAUCGUCAUUGAGUAACAUUAAUAAUAAA